AUGACACAGUUCUUUUCUACAAAAUCUAAUUUUGAUUUAGUUCUUGCCAUUGCUUCUGGAUCACCAACAGCAGAUACAUUUCUUGAAAAACUGAACCCCAAGUCAAGGCCUGUUGCGCAGGAAAUCUUUUCCAGUUGGUUUUACAAGACAGAGCACUUCCAGAAAGUUCAUACGAGCACCGGGCUACCCUUCAGCACGAUGCUUUUUUCCGACGACGAGGAGAGGAACAUUGAAUCAAUUUCAAACAUGGGAGUAACAAGCAUCCUGGUCAAAGAUGGGAUUCGUCUCGGAGCACAAAGGUGAGGGGCUCAAGGAAUUUUCUGAGAAAAACAACCAAAGGUGGUUCAAAUUAUCACAAAAUCCAAAUUCAUUUGUGACAGACAGGUCAAGAUUGAACCCUUUUUUUUAGUACUCAAAUGGAACCUAAGAUAAUGGCAUUGAAAUUGUUACAGAGGCAAGGACUACACCUGGCAAUGUGAAGUGCAGUCCACUGCCAGACAACCGAAACUCAUCUCCUAUAUAAAAUCAACCGUAGAAGCCCAUUUUAUCCAUACCAAAAAUCAACAGCAGCCCUGUAAAACUUCUAGCUUGUUUUGGGAAGCGCUGAUGCAGCGCAUAAUUAUCUAUUUGAGUCCUAAUCUUUUUUAUGUUAUCAAAUCUACCUCAGAUAUAAUGAAUAUUAACAAUAUCACCCUCG